CGCGUAGUGCGGGUUAUGGUGUCAAGCAGUGGGGAAGGGAUCCAGAGGGGGGGAAGGGACGUUUUCGGUGGGCUUUUCUCGGGCUGUGAACGGAGUUCGACGCGCAUUGGAAGACGUACUGUGCGUCCCGCAGGUAAAGAUGAAGAACAUGAUGAGGGUGUUUAGCGCCUCCGGAGGCGGCGGCGGUUACGACAAGAUCGAGGGUAUUAUCCAAGCUCCCAGAGCUAUUCCAAGUGAUGAUACGGAAGGUUCGGUGGAGGGUUUUGACGUGGCUUCGGCGGCGGCGGCGGCGGCGAUACAGAAAUCCUUUCCAGGAAAGAGAUGUUGAGUGGAACGCGGAUCGUGAAUUGGCGACAGUGGUGAUAUGUUCGGUAUUGAUCGAGGACUUGAACAAACGUUGCGGCGAGAGUUGUCGUUACAUUCAUGCGCUUGUACCGGUGUACGUAAUGUGGCGGCAGCUAAGCCAUUUGUGGCGCGAGCUCAGCCACACGAAUCACAUGUUGUGCAGGACUCAGGGAGCGGAUGAGGUACUAGGGAUUCUUUGCAACUGGCAUCUGGGCUUUUGGAAGUAGGGGGCAGUAGUCUUAGGCGGUGACCACAGACAGCUACUUCAACACCCAGGAGCAAGAAACGCAAUAUGUCGUUUUCCU